CCUGUGGGGGCACAAAAAGCGGGCGACUCCAAGCUUGCGGCGACUCGUAUCCACUUGGUUGCUUGACCUGUGGCCUGCUAAAGUGGCUGCAACAUGAGUUCCUACCAGCGAAAGUGCGGAGCCCACGUCUCCACGUCUUUCUGCGCCGGACUUUAGUGAUUGGUCCGUUCGGCCGAUGCCACUUGACGCCGCUAAACACGGAGAGAGGGCGGUGUUUUGGGACAACUUUCACGGUUUGCCGACCAUCGUUGAACGGGAGAAGUAUAACGAGCACCAAGAUGGCUGCAUCGUAUACACCAAAGAUCCCAUACCAAUAGGCACACCGAGCGCCUGGCGUAUCACAGUGCUGGAAACUGCCAAUUAUGACACUGGGCUGACAAUAGGACUGACUCCUGCUCCACCUGACAAAGUGCCUCAUACCCUUCCACUCCACGAAGACUUCUAUUAUGACAUCAUAUACUCAAGUGAGCCAGUUGAUGCAAGGGUGCAUGCAAACACCUUGGGUCGAAGUCAACGACUCUACUGGAAUUUUCCCCAAAAUAAAUCAAUUUGCCUCAUCCUCACCGCUAAAGGAGACCUGCACAUCUAUUUCGAUGAGAGGCACAUUAGGAAGCUGGCGUCUGGUCUCCCAGUAGACAGGCCUCUAUGGGGAGCCGUAGAAGUGUCUGGAAAAUGUGCACGGAUCAAGUCUGAACUACUGAGUAAGCCACCCGACGGAAAUGCAGCUGCCCCUGAGCCCCAGCAUCAUUCUAUUGAUGUCGCUCUUCCUCCAUUGGAUUGUUUCAAGGAGAAGCGAGCGGUGAAAGUCGAAGUCCCACCCAGCGAGAAGACAGUCACUGUUGUUCCUUGUGGCAUCGGCGCUGUCCUCAAAGUUCCUCCAAAAGCCACAAUGGAGGGCGACAGACCGCUGACUUUUGCCUUCACAACAUGCACCCCCCAGUCAUUAGCCUACGCUGCUGGCUACAAAUCCCUCAGUCCGAUCUCCUACAUUGCUUCCAACAAACCUCUCAAGGAAGAAGUUGAGGUUUUGCUGGAGCACAGCGUGAAUAUCGAAAGUAUCGAGCAAGCGGGGGAUAUGGUUUUUUGCCAUGCUAAUCUUCCAGAAGACGGAAGUAGUAAGAUCCAAUUUAGCCCUUUACAAGGAGGAAAGUUUGAAGUUGGAAAACCACGUGGUAGACUCAAAACAAAUGAACUGGGCUUUUUUGUAGUCGCAACAAAGGCAGCUAAAACUCCACCGACCCGCUACGCGGUGAUGUGUUGCUAUUCCAACAAAGAUGGUGAUACCAAACAUGUUGGUCUGUCUAUUUCAGUGGCAAAUGAAGUUUACAUGACGAAUUUCAGAGAUGCACUGCAGGAGGCGUGGAACACCUCGGUUUCAGAAAUAUCAAAAGUUCCGGUUGUUUUUCAAGAUUCCAACGCCCGUGUCUCCCUUCCUCGUAAUAGAAAAGGGUGGAAAAUAACUGCAGACACUCAGCAUUGCGAAUUUUUCAAGGGGGAUAUUGAUUUUGAGGGUCGUGAUAGUUUCUCAAAAAAACACUACCCUCCUCGUUCUACCUUCAUCAUAAUAGCCUCAAGAAAAGCAAAGUUAUGUUCACAGAUAUUUUCUGUGACAGGCCUCGACAGAGAUGUCAACUUUCAAAUUCUACUAAAUCCAACUAAGUCUAAUUUGAGUCACGAAGAUAUUGAGAAACCGACGCUAGUAAGCCUGAAUCAGCUGGGUGAUAUUAGAAUCAUUGAAGAAAGUGCCAGCGAGUACUAUCAAAUAGGCAUUAUGUUGCUCAAUGACAGACAUGGAGAUCAACUAGCAGAAAUUGAGCACAACAACAGAACUCAAACGGCUAAGAUGACGGGAAUUUAUAGGAGGUGGUUAAAACAAGGUGCAUCGUGGGCGACCCUCUGUGACUGUCUCCAGAGAUGUCAUCUAGAAGAUCUCGCCGAUAGAAUUAAAAACCAUUUUGGAAUUGUCUCACCGUCAGCUUUGCCAGUUUCCAGCUUAUCAGACAGUGUAGCUAAUGAAAGAACUCCUUUAAUUCCACCACAUCCGGAUGGCAAAACUAAAUGCUGCCAAUGUUGCACUGUGCAAUAAAUCUAGCUACCUACACAGAUUGAGUUUGACUUUCCUUUUAUACAUGUUAUUCGUGAAGUAUUAUGCUGUAUUAUAUAUAUCUGGGGUAAAAAGGAAUUUGUGUUUUUAGUAAUGGGUGGAGAGUGAAUGAUGUGGUUUUAGUGAUUGGUAAAACAUGUUGAGGAAAUAACUUUUUGUUUCUCGAACCACUUUUCAUUAUUCUUGGCUAUUUGCAGUCUCUCCCCAACAAACCCAGUUUGGAUUUGGAAAUUAUUAUUACAGUAUAUUACGUAAGCAGAGACCUUUUUAUAUAUACAAUGGUUGGUGUUUAUUUAUAAAAUAUAUACAUAGAUUUGAAAUAAUAUGAGGUGGUACGAAUGUUGUUCAUGGUUCCCGCUCGAAGGAGAGCUCAUAGUUCCUAGUCUCACUGUUGCUGUUGAACCUGUUGAGAAUGAUUCUAAACUCUGUCCUAGUGUUUGUGGGUGCCACGUUUCCUGUCAGACAGUCUCCGGAUCGUUCCUUGUACAUCUGGAGCAAGUGAAAGGGGUCGGCAUUAUUUAGAGUACUGGAAGGACUGGCAGUGCUGUGCGAAGUGUUAUUAGACGAGGCAAUGGCUUUCUUCCAUCGCCACUUGUGUCUGUAAGCUCCGGGUCCAGUGACAGAUUUCGAUCGGUGGACCGAGCGUUUCCGUGCCUUCUUCCGAUCAACUCUUCCCGCCUCUUGCUUGGGCGAAGCGGCCUCAACUUCUCCACGUUUCCUCGGGUUUCGCUCGGGGUUAUAUGUUUCAACGGGUUAUAUGUUGGACUAUCGAUGUAUCAUAUAUAUUUUCCAUUGCAAGUGAGGAAAAAACCCUGCGACUGAUUG